GCUUGCGUUUCGUUCACCCUCACUGGGGUCAGUGACCAUUCUCAACGUUGUUCGAAUAUUCCGCUUGGUAACGCUUAUACUACUCGUCGGCAUCAUGGCCAUAUCGCAAAAAAUUGCCAUCCAUUGCAGGCCUGUUGACGAAGAACGGGUUCCUUUGCUCCGAGACGAUCGGACUCGCAAUCCAGAUGGUGCCUACCCCUACGGCACAAUUUCUCGGGAUCCUGUUUGUCAUCUUCAGGGAAGAGAUGAUCAAGGUGGCCUGAAGUAUUUAACUCGCCGGAUCACAUUUCUCGCACCGUUCUUUUGGCCCAGUAGCCGACCAUACCUCCGUUAUUUCGGGAUUUGGCUCUGCUUACUGAUUGAUCGUGUCCUCCUUGUGCUCGUCCCUCUACAGCUGGGGAAAGUAACGGAUGCCCUGACUCGUAACGGAAAUUUUUCUAAUGGGGAUAUUGUCAUGACUAUCUUCAUUUGUGUCUUGAAGUUCAGCAAAAGUCCUGCCGUCGUGCAGAAGUAUCUGUGGGUGGCCAUCGAGAACCACUCGUACUCCACACUUAGCAAGGCUGCCUUUGACAAAGCUACAGCACUGGCAUGUGAUAUUAACAGAAAGAGAAACCUAGAGAGUCUUUGGGAAUCCGUCAAUCGCGGACUAUCUGCCAGAUAUGUCUUCCGUGCUAUUCUUUCCCAUAUCAUUCCAACAGCGAUUGAUCUUCUGGUGGGCAUAUGCGUGCUGUACUAUAUAUACGGCGCUUACAUGGCGUUAGUACUUGCGACAGUGGUGGCCCUUUCUAUAUGGUCAUCCAGAGAGAUACAUCGCAAGUUGCAGGGCAAGCAGAGGCGCUUUAUUAAUGACAUGGACAGAGAGCAGCAUAUUCUCCGAGAUUGGACGUCGAGCUGGCAGACCGCGCUAUAUUCUGACCGCAUCCCGUAUGGCGAAACAAGAUACUCCUUAGCCGUCAGGGACCACUUGAAUUCAUCAUCCAGGCUCUCAUUAUGGGUUUGCUUUGAUUCAGUGUUGCAGUCGGCCAUCGCCAUACCAGGGUUUAUGGGAGGUGGUGUGCUGGCGGCUUUCCAAGUUAGCUGGGGGGUCAAAUCGCUUGGCAGUUUCAUUAUGCUGCUGAUGUACUUGACACGUCUGAGUCUGCACCUUCAGGUCUUUAUGAGAGGAGUUCGUGACGUCCUCCUAGGCCUUGCAGAUGUUGAUGAGCUGCUCAAACUGUUCGGUAGGGCUUCAAAUGCUCCCAACCAUGUUGCAGCAGCUCCAUUACAUUGCAACCAAGGUGCUAUCGAAUUCGACGACGUCCACUUUGCAUAUAGGGGGCAAAAGAGAGCACUAAAAGGGGUCAGUUUUCGGGUUCAAGCCGGCCAGACAGUGGCUCUCGCGGGAGCGACUGGAAGUGGCAAGUCGACUACCCUAGGUCUCCUUUUGCGCUUGUACGACCCACUUCAAGGAAAUAUUAGAAUUGAUGGACAAGAUGUUCGCCAUGUCUCGCUGGAGAGUCUGCGUUCGAGUAUUGGUAUCGUACCACAAGACCCAGUUCUAUUUCACGAUACGAUCAUGAACAAUGUCACGUAUGGGAACGUUUCUGCUACUGAGGGACAGGUGUAUGAUGCAUGCAAAGCUGUGGCCCUUCACGACAGAUUUGUGUCGCUUGGGGAUGGUUAUCAUACCAUAAUCGGAGACGACGGUGUAAAACUGUCCGGUGGGGAGCUUCAGCGACUCGCAAUUGCACGAGUAAUGGUCCAAAACCCCAAGAUCAUCCUCAUGGAUGGCGCGACGAGUAAUGUGGAUAGCAGUACGGAAGCCUUGAUCCAAAGAAAUUUCAAACGACUAUGGAGAGGGAAAACAAUACUCAUCACUUCACAUCGUCUUUCGGCGGUCUCUAAAGCAGACAGCGUUAUCGUCCUUCGGCAUGGCCGCAUUGUCGAACAAGGUUCUCACAGAUCAUUAUUGAGAACAAACGGCUACUAUCGUCGUCUCCUGUCACGGCAGAUCAAGGAAAAACUCCCUCCGGUCAUAGUCGAAAGUGCAGGCCCAACGCAAGAGAAAAAAGCAACCGAAGAAACCGCAAAAGGAAAGCUGGCUACUCAAGAAAUGGGAGAUCUAAUAGAGAUGGAUGAUUCUCGAUCUGUAACAGUGACUGGGCCAAUCCUUACAGUGUCCAAGAUGCGCCGCAUGAGAUCCUACAAGACGCCCGGGUCACCUGACGCAAAAGAAAAACCUAGGGGCAACAAUAACGAACUUUGGAGAAGAAGCCCUCUGAAGCCGGAUGCGCCGGAGUUCGUUCCUCUUUCACAGCGAACAGCCCUAAGAAAAAGUGCAGACGAUUCCGACGCAGAAAAUUGUUUGGCUGAUACAGAAAACAUGCGUGAAACUUCUGGUACAACCAUCGGAAAUGACAGUUCGACAGGCUAUUCCGUGGAGAAUGGGAACGGCUCAAAGCGAACGCGUCGUGAUGGCAAUAGACAGGAUUCCCCAAUCUUGCGGCAGUCAAGCAACGAAGUGAUUUUUGCAUACCCAAAGAAGGCGCGAAAGAAGAUGGGGUCAAAGAGGUGGCCUAUUCUUCGCAGGGAGCGUACCGAAAGCGAACCUAUUGGUAUAGGACUAAUGGCCAAGACUUAUGAGCAGUGAGUUUUAUGUAAUGGUUGGGUGGAAAGCCAGACAAUCGGUGAUUACGGAAUACCUAUUAUGCUUCUUUUUGUAUUUUAGCAGUGUAUAUUAAAUGAAAUUCAGUGACUUAUCCAACAGAUAUUCGUUCAGGCUGAUCUUCUGUCAGCUUAGCCGUGUUCUAUACUGGCAACAUAGGGGUUCUUACUUAAUGAGAAGAAACUAUGAACCGUCGAGAUGAGAUCAACCGAACCUCUGUUUUGCCAGGGUUUUGAGCCAGCCGAUG